AGGCAGGGAGUCCUUGCCUCCCUCUGCUACUCAGGCAUUGCCAUUUGUGAGUGCAAACAACAUGAUGGGCCAUCCUUUCCUGCUCGUAGUCUACAUGGGAUUGGCCACCUGCCUGGACACCUUACCUCAUGGAGAGCAAAACCAAGUUCUUGACAUCUUCCUGGACUCCCCAGAGGCCCAGAGUUUCCUAGUUGGCCACAGGCGGAUUCCUCGGGCCAACCACUGGGACCUGGAGUUGCUGACCCCUGGGAACCUGGAAAGGGAGUGUCUGGAGGAGAGGUGCUCCUGGGAAGAAGCCCGGGAGUACUUUGAGGACAACACACUGACGGAGCGCUUCUGGGAAAGCUAUGCCUACAAUGGCAAGGGAGGGCGUGGACGAGUAGAUGUCGCAGGCCUGGCGGUAGGACUGACCUCUGGGAUCCUGCUCAUCAUUUUGGCUGGCUUGGGAGCAUUUUGGUAUCUGUAUUACCGACGACGGCGCCGCCUCAGAGUCCAGGAGUCCUGUCAGCAAGAGAGCGGGCUCAUCAGCCCCCUGAGUCCCCCGACGCCCUUGUGUCCACCCUUACCUCCAGGCCUCCCCACCUACGAGCAGGCGCUAGCGGCCUCGGGGGUGCAUGAUGCCCCUCCGCCCCCUUACUCCAGCCUCCGAAGGCCUCACUGAAGACCUGCCCGAGAGCGCGGGCUCGCGAACUGUGCCCCCGAUCACGGCGGACUCCGGAAGUCGCUAGGCCUCUUCGACUCGCCGGCUUCAAUGUGUGCCCGGGGGAGUCAGGGUCGUCGGACCCGAGAUCUACCAUGACACACGUGCUUCCGCCGCGCACCGAUAAAAACCACACAAGCAUGUUCCUGGCCGUCCCGUUGCCGAGUCGGGGCCCUGCCUCCCCCACCUCUCCAGAGCAGCGGCCCUUGCUCGGAGUGGGCAGGCUCCUUUGCAAACUCGGACGAGACGCGACUGGACCGUCGCCCCGCCGGGGUCGCGGGGACUGUACACGCAGAAAGCCAGGCCCGUGCUUGCGCCCACCUUCGUGUGUUUCCCCACUUCGGCACACGGGCUGUUCGUAAUCCGGCAUAGAGGUGGAGGGCACUUUCGAUAUGUCCCGGGAAAGGGGUGUCACGCUGGUGUUGUACCCCGGGAAAUGGAGUUGAGCUGAGCUGCUGUCUACCUUAAAAAAAAAAAAAAAAACCCUUUGGAAAAGGAAGAGAUUUAAAAAGAAAGAACCCACACACACACACAGACAAAAAAAAAAUUAAACGCAAUUCGAGGAAAAUAAAAAUGAAAACGAACUGAACCCCGUUCCUGGACGCAUCUGCGCGCGGUGGAGCUGGAUUUCUGUCCAGGCGCUGUGCCCUACACCCCCAGGCUCCGCCAGUGCGCUCGCUCUCCUGCUCGCUCUCGCCCUCCCU